UCGUCCCUAUAAAUCUUGCCCUUAUUCUUUCGCAUUCAACACAUGUUCUGGUCAACUGAAGAAGAAGAAGAAGGACAUCGGAAACAGUAGAAGUGAAGACUGACUGGUUAAGAUCAGAGACAAGAAUGGGAAGAGCACCGUGCUGUGACAAGGCAAACGUGAAGAAAGGGCCGUGGGCGCCUGAAGAAGACGCAAUGCUCAAGGACUACAUCCACAAUUAUGGAACCGGCGGCAAUUGGAUCGCCCUUCCUCAGAAAAUCGGGCUGAAGAGAUGCGGAAAGAGUUGUAGGUUGAGAUGGUUGAAUUACUUGAGACCUAACAUCAAACAUGGUGGAUUCUCUGAAGAAGAAGAUAACAUCAUUCUCAGUCUCUACAUCAGCAUCGGCAGCCGGUGGUCCAUAAUCGCUGCUCAGCUUCCAGGGAGGACAGACAAUGACAUCAAGAACUACUGGAACACUAAACUGAAGAAAAAGCUGCUUGGGAGGCAGAAGCAGAUGAGUCCCUCUGACUCAAUCAGCGACUCUAACCAAAGCUCCAGGAGCUCUCAGUCUCAGAAUCUUAGCAACUCGGCUCUUGAAAGGCUUCAGCUUCAUAUGCAGCUUCAGAAUCUACAGAGCCCUUUCGCCAGUUUCUACAACAACCCUCUCCUUUGCCCUAAGCUUCACCCAUUGCUGGACCCGAGACUUGCAUCGCAAGAAAACUUCCCGUCACUAAAAUCUGAUCAGAACAAGUUUCCUCAAACCAAUAACCGAGUCUCACCGCUUUACGGCCAUUGCAAUGCAACCAUCUCUCCUAAUUCAAACCCCGUUGAACCAUCCUUAAACCCGUUUCUUGAUUUCCGGCCCAAUCCCAAUUGGUUCUUGGACAACCGAAGCUUCUUCUCAACAGGGUUGUCUCAGGAAAUUCAGUUGGAUCGUAACGGCUUGGGUCUCGUGAAAGAGAUGGACAACAGUUCCAAGGAUGCUGAAGUGGCUAAUGAUUUCGAUCUUCUAACCGAGAUGAACGUUGGUUCAAGUUUGUGGUCGGAGGAGUUCGAGAGGAAAAUGACGUCUCCGAGCUCCUGGGACUCGGGUUCGGCAUCUGUAAUGGGCCAGACAGAAAAUGGGAUCGUCAUGUUUCAUGAUUACGCCGAGAUGAGUUACGUCGAAAGUGCGUAACAGUUCCAUGCAUCGUGGUGGGGUUUUAUAACUAUUAGGGUUGCAUUGAUGGUUAAUUGCAUAAAUUGUAUUGAUAACGGACAUAAAGCUUGUACAAGCGUUGGGGUGAAAAUCUAUGUACUGUAUAGUAUCUUUUUGUAGUACGUUGUGGAUAAUAAUGUAAAUCAUAUG